CGUUUGAAAAUUAUUAUAAUUUCUUUUUUUAAUUUUAAUUAUUUUUCUUUACCUUGUCUUUCUAAUCUCGGCGAUUGUCUUGUCGGAAAUUCAUAACCACCACUUUGUUCCAAAUCCGACCCACUUCACUUUCUUCACAACCCGGAUCCAUUUCAAUUCGACCCAUUUUCCACUAUCAUUCAAUCUUCAACCUUUACCACAAAUCUCACUCUUUUCAGUGAAGUUUAGAUUCAGCUUUUUUUUGCUUCAGAUUUCAAUUACACGUGGCGAUCUGGGUCUUCUUCUUCAACACUUCAUUUUAUCAUUUUCAAUCUCAUUCAUUCUAAAACUGUUGGAAAACAUGGAAAUGAGGUUGUAUAUGACAUUCGAAACGUUGUUGGGCCGAUCGUAGCUUAUUUUUCAAGUUGAGUUGAGUUGUGAAGUGAUUUGGUUCCUACAUGGAAGCAAAUAAAGAGGAGGCACUUAAGGCAGUAGAGAUUGCUGAGAAGAAAUAUGCUCAGAGAGACUUUGCAGGCGCAAAAAACUAUGCUUUAAAGGCGAAAACACUUUGUCCUGAGUUGGAGGGUAUAUCUCAAAUGGUGUCCACAUUUGAUGUUUACAUUGCUUCUGAGUUCAGACAUAAUGGUGAACUCGAUUAUUAUUCAGUUCUCGGAUUAAAACCUACUGCAGAUAAAGAAGCGGUUAAAAGACAGUACAAGAAGUUGGCAGUGUUACUUCAUCCUGAUAAGAACAAAUGUGUGGGAGCUGAUGGUGCAUUUAAGCUUGUUUCCGAGGCGUGGACUUGGCUUGACAAUGCCAUGCGUAGUUCUUACGAUCGUAAGAGAAAUUAUGCUUCUUUUCAUGCUACAGGUUAUAACAAAUGUUCCAAUUUGUCAGCCUCUCGUAAUAGACUAGACACGUUUUGGACAAUUUGUACUUCUUGUAAGGUUCAGUAUGAGUAUCUACGUAAGUAUGUGAAUAAAAAACUCUCAUGUAAGAACUGCCGUGGCAUUUUCAUCGCUGUUGAAACUGGAGCAGCCCCAGCAAAUGGUUCGUUUCCAUAUACACCUUUGCCGUAUGUGCCAGGAAAUGGUUAUGGAAAUCAUUCAUUUGACGGGGUUACAUAUGUUCCUACUAAUGCCACCUAUUUUAAUGGGAAUGGUGUCCCAGGAUACCGUUCUGGACACGGUUACGAGUAUGUUUCAAAUGUUUCGUUUCAGUUGGGCUCUGCUGGACUUAUCCAUCAAAAUGGAUCGGCCACUACCUUACCUGCUGGUUCCGUAUAUCGGGUUAAUGGACAUACAAAGAGGGGAAGACCAAAGGUCAAAUCAGGAGUCAAUGGAAGGCAUCCUAUGGUGGAGACUGUGGUCAAUAUAAACUCGCAUGUAUCUUUUUCCAGCAAUGAACCACAGGAAGUUAAGCCAGGUAGACCUGAAAAGAAACGCAAAGUUACGGUGGGAUCCGAUUUCAGAAAUGGCUAUGUCGAGAAGGGUUCAAAAUGUGCUUCGGAAGCAGUGGUUUCAAAUGGCCAGAAGGUUUCCUGUGUAAAUGAAAUUCAAACCAAACAUUGUUUCAUGCCACCUCCAUUUGAUGCGAGAAAAUUAUUGAUUGAGAAAGCCAGGACAGUUAUUAGGAAGAAACUCGAAGAGAUGAAGCUGUCAUCUGAAGUUGCAACUCUGAAUGAGAAAGAAAAAGCACAAGUUGAUGUUUGUCCAGUCAAAAAAGAGACAUGUAGGAGAGCACCUCUGAAUGUUUCUGGCCUUCCGUUGGAGCAAGGAAAAGUCAAUCCGAUCUCAAUAACUGUCCCUGAUUCUGACUUUCAUGACUUCGAUAAAGAUAGGACAGAGGAAUGUUUCAAGCCAAAGCAAAUAUGGGCCUUAUAUGAUGAGGAAGAUGGAAUGCCGCGAUUGUAUUGUCUGAUCCGCGAGGUUAUAUCUGUUAAUCCAUUUAAGAUUCAUAUCAGUUACUUGAAUUCCAAAACUGAUAGCGAAUUCGGCUCAGUAAACUGGCUUGAAUCAGGUUUUACCAAAUCUUGUGGAAAUUUCAGGGCUUGGACUUCAGAUAUUGUCGACCAAGUUAACAUAUUUUCUCAUAUUCUAAGCCGAGAGAAGGCUGGUCGAGGUGGUUGUGUUCGCAUAUAUCCGAGAAGUGGAGAUAUUUGGGCUGUUUAUCGAAAUUGGUCACCAGAUUGGAACCGAUCUACACCAGACAAAGUAAGGCAUGAAUAUGACAUGGUGGAGGUGCUUUAUGAUUACUCCGAGGAUCUUGGUGUUUGUGUUUGUCCCCUUAUUAAAUUAUCCGGAUUUAAAACAGUAUACAAAAGGAAUCCUGACAACGGUGCCGAAAGAUGGAUACCGAGAAGAGAAAUGGUACGCUUUUCUCACCAAGUUCCGUAUUGGUUACUCAAAGGGGAGGAAAGCAAUUUGCCGGAUCGGUGUUUUGACCUUGAUCCAGCUGCAACUCCAGACGGGCUUCUUCAUAAUGCUACAGAAGGAAAUGCUUUGUAGGUUAUAUUAUAAAAUGGUGAAACAAUUAUUUAAGUUUGCACUUUUAGCAUUCAUGUUAUUUUAGAUUUAACUGCACACUAUGUCACAUUUGGUAACAUAUCAAUGUGAUUUGAGAUUAACAUAAGACAUUUUAGGAGGGUGAUACUUUGAUUUGUAAGAUUUGUCUUAGACUUUAAGAUCUAGUGAUUGCUUGUUGCCAUAUGAGGUGUAAGGUAACUCUUGAUGUAAGACUUAAGGACACAUUGGCAUUGUAACAGUGUUUCUGACCAGCUGACCAGUAUUUGCUGGUUAGGAAUUGAUUCAAUCAAAGGCUGAAACCAAAUUUAAAUCCUACAAUCUUGAUGUGACUGAUUCUUCUUUAUUGCAAGUUUUUUUUAGCUGUAUCUCAUUAGUGGUAUGAGUAUGAUUAUAGAGUUACCACAUCAGUUUCUCUUUAUUUUUAAGUUACAUUCGUAAAUUAUGA